AAGUAAUGUUUUAAAAUUAAGUUUCCCAAAACCGGCUGUUUUACUCGAGAGAAUUUAAUGUAUUCAAACAUUUGUGGAAAAGGAAACUAACCUGAUCUCCUCGUCAUAUUCACAAAACAACGUUAUUGAAAGGAACACAGUCACAAGUCGUACAGACCGUUGUGUGUUCUAACAUUUAGGCUUAACUACAUGUUAAGUGAACUAGAACCCAUGAGUUACCACUUAUUGAACAUUAUUCUUCACGUUGUUGUCUGUCUACUGUUUCUUGGGGUUACACAGCUUUUCUUACCAGAGUGUGCUUGUUUUGUUGCUGCAAUCCUUUUUGCCAUUCAUCCUGUCCACACUGAAGCAGUGACAGGAGUGGUAGGAAGAGCUGAGAUUCUGUCUUCAGUGUUGUUUCUUCUUGCUUUUUCCUCCUAUUCUAAAGCCACAAGAAGGCCACACCAUACAGACUGGUUGCCACUACUCCACUGUGUAAUAUUUGUAACAGCAGCCACACUUUGUAAAGAACAAGGAAUCACAGUUGUGGGACUCUGCUGCAUAUAUGAAGUGUUUGUUGUACAGAAGCUUAGACUUUCAGAUCUUCUUUACAUUGGUCAGAACUUAGUGGCUUCCAAAGCUCAACCUCCUCCUUGGCUCAGAGAAAUGGUGCUGCGACUGACAGUUUUAAUUCUUUGUGCCCUUGGUCUCUUGAUUGGGAGAUUUCAAGUAAUGGGUGCCCAGCUACCAGUUUUUACCAGGUUUGACAACCCAGCAGCUGUGGCUGGUACUCCUGUUCGACAGCUUACCUACAAUUAUCUACUGGCCGUUAACACGUGGCUCACUCUCUUCCCCUUCAGUUUGUGUUGUGAUUGGACAAUGGGGACAAUUCCAUUGGUAGAGUCACUCACAGAUCCUCGUAACUUUGCAACUGUAGCAGUUUAUUUAGCUCUUGUACUGUUGGCGGGGUCUGUCCUUUUCUCAGAUGAUGGUCAUUCUGAAGUUGUUACUAUGGGCUUAGCAUUCACGGUGCUACCAUUUCUUCCGGCCUCCAACUUGUUCUUUCCUGUAGGAUUUGUGGUAGCAGAAAGAGUCCUAUACACUCCAAGUAUGGGAUUAUGCCUUUUAGUUGCAUAUGGGUGGCAUCUCUUAAUGGAAAAAAUAAGAUGGAAACCUAUCAUGUGGACCUUGUUAACAGUACUGAUCAUAUCUCACAGCCUGAAAACAGUUGUCCGCAACUUUGACUGGAAGACUGAAUAUUCAAUCUUUAUGGCUGGGUUAAAGGUCAACCAACAAAAUGCUAAGCUUUACAACAAUGUGGGUCAUGCUUUAGAAGGAGAAGGAAAAUUUAAGGAUGCAUUGGAAUACUUCCUUCAAGCUUCUUGUGUUCAAAGAGAUGAUAUUGGAGCUCACAUCAAUGUUGGAAGGACAUACAAUAAUUUAGAGAUGUACGAUGAGGCAGAACAAGCUUUCUGGAAGGCAAAAGGACUUCUUCCGCGCCCUAAAACUGGAGAGCCUUAUAGAGUUCGAAUAGCCCCAAACCAUCUGAAUGUGUUUCUUAAUCUUGCAAACCUCAUAUCUCGAAACAAGAGUCGCCUUGAAGAAGCCGAUGCACUCUACAGACAGGCUAUCAGCAUGAGAGCAGAUUACAUCCAAGCGUAUAUCAACAGAGGUGACAUUCUGAUUAAGUUAAAUAGGACACAGGAAGCUCAAGAAGUGUAUGAGAGAGCACUGCAGUUCGACAGCACCAAUCCCGAUAUUUAUUAUAAUCUUGGAGUGGUAUACCUUGAACAACGGAAAGCUACCCAAGCUAUGGUCUAUUUCAACAAGGCCUUAGAGAUUGACCCAAAUCACGAGCAAGCCCUAAUGAAUUCAGCAGUGUUGAUACAAGAAAGUGGGAACAGCAGACUUAGACAUGUUGCUUAUGAAAGGUUACAACACCUGUUAGAGAAAGGAAAAGCUAAUGAAAGAGUUUAUUUCAACCUUGGAAUGCUGGCAAUGGAUGAGAAACGUGUGAAUGAAGCAGAAAUAUGGUUUAAAAAUGCUAUUCAGGUACGAGAAGAUUUUCGGAGUGCACUUUUCAAUCUUGCAUUGCUUCUAUCAGAUUCAGGGCGUCCACUUGAAGCUGUGCCUUUUCUGAAACAGUUACUGAAGCACCAUCCUGAUCACAUUAAAGGACUGAUUUUAUUAGGAGAUAUCUACAUCAAUCACAUGAAAGACUUGGAAGCAGCAGAAAAGUGUUACAUGAAGAUCCUUCAUAUGGAUCCUAACAAUGUCCAAGCCAAACACAACCUGUGUGUCGUGUAUGUGGAGCGUGGACAACUCACAAUCGGUGAGAACUGCUUACUGCAGGCUGCUAGCCUUGCUCCAAAAGAAGAAUACAUUCAGCGCCACCUUCAAAUUGUCCGUGCACGAUUACGAAAAAUUAAAACAAAAGAUGAAGAUAGUAAUUCUAGAAAUAAGGUAAAUCCGACAGUAAAGCCUGCAAUCUCAGAAAAUCCCUCGAAUAAAAAACAUGUCAAUAGUGAAACUUUUCACAGCGAUAAGGAAAAUCAAACCUCAUCUGAAUCCUGAAUUGUUCCUAAAUAUAAGUGUAGAGUCAGUUACAUAAUAAUAUAUGUCACAUCGAAGAAAAUCUAGUUUUGUUUUCAAAAACUAGGUGAUUUUGUGUCCAAAAGAUCAAGUUUGAGUAUUGUUUAGAUCAACUGUAUAGCUUCCACUUUAUGACAUAUCAGGUAGCAACUACAUUUUUAUUCUGAGAAAAUGUUGUUCUGUAAACUUAUUUAUUUAUUGUAUAAUAUUUUAUUCCAAGACCAGAAAACUGUGAUGUACUUGUGUAGCCUUCCAUGUAUACUAACUCCUGCUUUUUGGCUGAAAUAAUUUCAAGUUAGCCUUCCAGAUAAUGUUUCCUGCAAUUUGUAUCAUUUUUAAUAUUUGUACUAUUGUCUUCAUUACUUUUGUUUAGUAUUUCUGAAGUGUUUCAUGCUUUACUUUCUGCAAUUUAAUUAUAAAAGUCAUGAGAUUUUUCACAGAUAAUUGAAUAUGUAUAAAAAUACCAGAUAAUAAAGUAAGUAUCAUUAUUAUAAUUAUAUUGACAUUUUCUAUGUGCGUGUAAGAUAUAAAGUGACAAAAAACAACUUAAUUUUUUCUUUUAGUAAUGUCUUUUGUGUUAAAUUGUAUGUGAUCAUCAAGUUGUCUCCAAAUCAUAUAACAUUGUGAUAAAUGUAUACCUCUUGUUUCUGUGAUAUGACAAAAAUCACAAAAAACACCUUAAGAAUAAAUUAAAUCUUAAUUAUUGCCGAAUGAAGAAUAAUUGUGUAUUUUGUUUCCACACAUUUAUAUCCUGUUUUCCUAUUAGCACAUCUGUUAAGGAUAAUUAAUAAUGAAAAAUUUGAGUUUCCAGGCUUAUGUAGGAGGAAUUAAAGAAAUUCAUUUUGCAACAUUUAGGUAUGUGUACAAAUGACUGUUUAAGAUCUUCUGUUUCAUAAAUUAAAUUUAUAUGAUUUGAUACUCCUAGCUUCCAAAAUAUAUCAUAAAUUCUUGCAUAAUUUUUAUUUUCUAAUUUUAUUUGAAAUUGCAAAAAAUCAGCUUUCCACAUUGUAUGAUGUGAGUUACUCUAUAAAUUUCUACAGAGAUGAAAUUGCAUGAACCACUUUUAAACCCAAACACUAAAAAGGAGUUUUAUGAAGUCACUCAAGUUACACAAAGUUUUAUAUCUUUCAUAUAAGAAGGCUUAAUUUUUUAAGACUACACCUGUGCAUAAAGACAUGUUUCAGUUUUGUUCUACAAAGAUUUUUUUACCCAACAUUUCAAGAAGCUAGAAUGUAUUCACGUGUUUUAUUUAAUGACUGUCUUAAUGUUAUAUAAUAAGACAUUUUCUAUGCUUUAAUAACAGUAGAAACAAUGAAUUGUGACUUUAAAGCCAUUAACUAACAAGUAUAACAAGAGCUUUUGUAAAGAGAUAAUGUUAUAAAGGUACCUUUAGUAGCAAUUAAUAUUUACUUACAAGUAACCUAAGGUCAUGAAUAAUUUACAGUUGAAGAGUAGUUUGAUCCACUUGAAUGAAAAAACAAGUUGAUAGUUUUUCACUCUACUAAACAAUGGCAUUUUGAGAACAAUGUUGAUUGUUCUGUGAGUAACUUAUGCUAUUCUAGCAACGUACUGUUAUAUUCAAACUGUUUUGUCCAAGUAGAUGAACUACUUUAAAAAGUUUAAAACAUAUGGUUGCUCCACAUGUGGUAUCAGUGAAAAUAUUGAUUAAAUAUUGGCUCAUACACAUAUAAAUACAUAGAGACAAACUAAUACUCUAUUGUAAAGGUCUGUUGUUAGGGAGAAUAUCCAAACAUCUAAAUUUGAUGACAUUUGUAACCCAAAUUAUAUCAAUCGAGCAAUAAUGGAUGUUUAUCAUGGUUUUUUUAUGCCAAACAAUUCAUUUUUUGAAAUAAGGUUUGAUUGUUUUCUGAUCAAGUUUGAUAUUCAGAGUGUUAUCUUGUGAUCAAGAGGUCAUAGAAGGAUGCUAUAGUGGGAAGUAUUUCAGCAUAGAAUGUUCUUACAAAGUUGCUAAAUUUCAGGAAAUCUUUUUAAACAUUUCUUAUAAUUAUGUAAGAUUUUCCAAUCUAUAAUGUGCACAAUGUACACAUUUUUCACUUGUCAUUCAUCCAACUCUGUUGUCAAUAAUGCUUUAAAAGUCAGGGGUCAAUACUAGUGGUAGGCAUAGUGACGAUAGCCCAAUGUGUAGUUUUAUGCUUAAACAGAAAUGAACAAUAAGUAUUUAAACAAUUAAGAGGUAAGCUGUUAUUGCUCAACUAGUUUUGGGUAAAUUGAAUUUCAGUUUUUAGAAAAAAAAAUUAUAAAGUAUAUAAUUGUGUUAUUAAAGUUUUUAAGAUAUUCACUGAUCACAAUACCUUGAAAACCCAUUUUACAGUGUUUGUUUAAGGUUCUUAUCAACUUCUGUUUCUGAGAAAUGAUGAUUAAUGUUGUUUGAUCAGGAAAUGGUAACAAUUUUCAUGACUGGCAAUGUUAUUUUUUGUGAUUGAAAACUCUGAAUCAUGCAGUACUCUGUAAUUCAUUAUUUUAGACAUUUUAAAGUAAUCAGUAUCAUUCAGUUAAGAGUUCUGUGUAGAUGUAUUAAAUGUAGCUUCUGUCUGCAAGAUUUUAUUUUAAAGUUGACAAGUUUUGAAGAUGUAAAGCUGAGAUCUCGUACUUUAGGUUCUAGACCUUUAUUUCCUUCUAUAGGUUUGUGUAAGAUCAUAAUGAAUGUUUUAAACAGUGAAUUAGAAACAAGAACUAAAUAUUACAAAGGACCAUAAAGAACUGAAAGUUCAACAACAGCAACAUUUGUCUCCUCUGAAAAACAAUUUUUAGUCAGAUUGAUGUCAUUGAAUUAAUUAAUUUCACUUUGUAUUACAUUUAAAUAUGCAUACUAGUUGUGCCAAAUUGUAAAUACAUAAA